AUUAUAGUGUGUGUAAUGAUUUUUGGACGAAUAUUGGUCAACUAGGACGCAAUCGGCGCGCGAUCUUCUGAUAAUUAUAUACAGAGGAGGAGGAGGAGGAGAGGAGGUGAUUGUUCGAGAAAGGGGUGGUAGGUCCCGCGUCCAGAUUUUCGUCCAAAGCAAAUCUCAGGAUAACCAGACAACGACGGCAACAUGUCGAUCAUAAUGCAAUACAUAGACCAGUUCCACGACAUGCUGGACAAACACGCAGAUACGAGGACAACCAAUUGGCUGCUGAUGAGCUCACCCUUCCCCACAUUGUUCAUCUGCCUUUCUUACGUUUAUGUCGUCAAGGUGUUGGGGCCGAAACUCAUGGAGAACCGAAAACCCUUCCAGCUGAAGAAUACCUUGAUAGUCUACAACUUCUUUCAAGUGAUCUUCUCCGCGUGGCUCUUCUAUGAGUGUCUCAUGGGCGGAUGGUGGGACCAGUAUAGUUUUCGCUGCCAGCCUGUGGAUUAUUCCAACAGCCCCACAGCGAUAAGGAUAGGAAUGUCCGGAUGGCUGACUGGAGACUAUUCUCUAAGGUGUCAACCUGUAGACUACAGCGACAGGCCUGAAGUGCUGAGGAUGGUCUACGCAAGCUGGUGGUAUUACUUCUCGAAAUUUACCGAAUUCAUGGACACGGUCUUUUUCGUAUUAAGAAAGAAGAAUAAUCACGUGUCUACGCUACAUGUGAUCCAUCACGGUUGCAUGCCUAUGUCGGUCUGGUUCGGUGUCAAGUUCACGCCAGGUGGCCACUCAACCUUCUUCGGUUUACUGAACACUUUUGUCCACGUCGUGAUGUAUACGUAUUACCUUCUUGCGGCAAUGGGUCCAAAGAUUCAGCCGUAUCUCUGGUGGAAGAAGUACCUGACCGCCUUCCAGAUGUUACAGUUCAUCGCCAUUAUGGUCCACGCCUUCCAGUUGUUGUUCAUCGAGUGCAACUAUCCAAAGGCGUUCGUCUGGUGGAUCGGCUUACACGCCGUUAUGUUCCUCUUCUUGUUCAAAGAGUUCUAUCAACAGAGCUACCAGCAGAAGAAACCGAGAAAAUCGGAGGGUGCGGUUAUGGCGAACGGUGUCGCCAAGGGUGAUCAUUAUCAGUCGAAGGGCAAAUAUGUGAACGGUAUCGCUAACGGCACUACAAAUGGCAUCUCGAAUGGCAUCGCGAAUGGCGUCACCAACGGUGUCAACGGCUCCUCGCCUAGGAGGAGGGAUGCCGCCGAUUAUUACGUGAAAGGCGAAAGCCUAGCGACGGAGCUCAAUCUCCGAAAAUCAUUUGCGACGAAAGUCGAGUGACCCUCGAGCGAGCGCCUAGUCGAUCUUCUCUCGCCACGACGUCGUAUUUUCUUUUUCUUCCGCGGAAUCGCCGAAGAGAAAAUUAAGCAGGCCUUCUUCCUUUUAAUUCUCUUUAUUUUUAAAUUCCCGUAAUUAUCUUUAACACGAAGGGUCGAAGGCCUCGCCGAGAUCGACGCAUCUAUCGAAAAAGAAAAAGAGUACAAAAUUGCGCCACGCGUAUUUGGCUCGCGAAACACGGCAUAACGUCGACGUAGUUCGUGGGCGAAGUAUAUAAUCGAAGUAUAUAAUACUUCACGGACGCGGACGGUUCACCAAUUAGCUCCUGCUAAAUUCGGGCUGUCGCACGCGACCGUAAUCCGGCGAGUGACGUAGAAGGACGCGGAUCGUGUCCUAAUGCUCAUGUGAUCGUAGACCGGAGAAAAACAUGUCGUUCGCCUCGCGGAUGGCGUGGCUCGAGUUACGAAACGCUUAAACGAGGCACUUAAAUAAUUCUGCGGUUUUUCAGUAACCUUGACGAUAAUUCGUGCCACUUUCGAGGUAAACGGUUGUGAUCGAUGACCGGGCAACCAGUUCGCAAAUGCCAACCUUCCGCGAUGGAUCGGAUCUGGAAAAUAUAUAGAUGUAGUAAUUUCUAUAAAUCUUUAAAGGACGUUACGUCUCUAUGUUAUUUGUAGAGUAGACUUUUCUGGUUUGCCUUUGAUAAUGUUCACCAUGUUAAUCACCUUGUGCAUUUAGAACAGUUAAACGGCUUUGUGAUUAAUGGUAAAAUCAUUAAUUAUCA